GUGGUGUGUACGCAGUGGCGCGUAACGGUUAGCCGCGAGCAGAGUUGCGGCAGCGCUUGUCCUGUACUUUUUCCUAGGAUGCGCUUCACUGCCCUGUUGCACCUGUUUCUUUCACUCUCCACUUAAGACCGGUCUUGCAGCAAGUGACAACGAUAAGUGAUGCCAGCAACGAAUAUUCCCUCCAAAGGGUGGGUACGUGCUUGUCUGAGCUGUGAACCUUGGAAACGGAAAGUAUUUUAAUUUAUGUAAAAUGAAGUGAAGAAUUUAUAUAAAUUAUAUAUUACCGGUUGUGGGAACUGCCAAUAAGGAAAAUUCACACACGCCAGCGGCCAGCGACUCCAAGUCGAUCCCAUUAGUGGUGUGCUAUUAGUUCGGCUCCUGGCUUGCGCCUCCUCUCUCUCCCCAAAACUUUGAUUGAAUGGCUCACAUUGUGAUGGUUCGGCAGUACUCAGCAUGCUGAUUGUGGACAUGCUGACGCUGGCACUGGCGACUGGCUUGGAGCGCGACAGAGAGCGGGAGGUGGAUGAUGGCUCAACUUGUAGCAAAAUGACACUUAAUGUGGCCAACAAAGCGUCCAGCCAGAGCCAGAAGCACACUGAAAGUGAAUAUUGUAAGAGGGGCAACAAUAACGGUAGAAGUGGCACUGGAAAUGAUAGCAGUUGUGGCAGGGAAACAGGAGCGCCCAACAUGGCUAAUGGUGGACUAGGCCCGAGCGAGGGUCAUUUAGUAGGCAAGGCACGCAGCGCCCUAGACAAUGCCGCUGACGGCGAACCAUGCGAGGCGCUUCAGCGGACAUGGAUACAGCUGAGCGGCCAGUUGGUGGGGCAGGGACUGGUACAAGAGCAGCGGCUUGGGGCGUGCCAGUCAGCGACAGUGGGAGCGAAUGACGUACUGAGUGACAUAUUGACGCACGCGCGUGCGCGUGCUGUAUACAGUUGCAACAACAACAACAAAAACAACAACACAACAGCAACAGCAACGGAAGUGGCCACGAAAUGUGAGUACGCGCAAGUCGAGCGUGAGAGCCACAUCCAGAGUCACAGCCAGAGCCAGAGAGUGAGCGCAGACGCUGGCCAACAACCACCCAGCAGAGGCAGUGGCAGUGACAGAAUCACAAAGAGUGGCAACGGGUGUAGCGCCUGCUCAACACCUACAAUUGGCAGUGAGCUUUCCAGAGCCAACCUUGUAGUAGCAACCCCAGCGGCAGUCGUCUCAACUGAGCAGCAGAAGCAGCACCAGCAGCAAAAGCAGCACCAGCAGCGUUUUAUCGCAUCUUCAAAUUUGUGCAAACUAUCCAAUUCUGGUGAAAAUUGUGAGGAAAUCAAUCAGGUUACUCCGCGUGGUGAACCCUGCUCUGGCCAGACGGAAACGGAAGAGCACCAUUGUGCGACAGAGAGAAGAUUCUCUGCUCACGACGUGGACCCCGACCCAGACCACGAGCCCGACCUCGACACCAGCUCCAAUUCCAAAUGCGACGACGGCGCGCGACGUACAGAAAAAUUUGUGAAAAAAAUCGGGAAAAACGCAUGGUCUGCCUGCGUGGUGGGUGAUUUUUUUUAUAUUUGUGAAAAUGUGCAAAGUGCCAGAGAAGAAGAAGCUGCAGCAGCAGUAAGAGCAACAUCCGUGAGCUGCCACAGCUACCACAAGUCGAAGAAAAACAAGGAGCAGCAGAAGAAACAGCCGAAGGAGAGGCAGGCGCCAUUGUCAUUUCCACAUUCGAAGCCAGACCCCCCCAAUUUAUCCUUGGCUGGCAGUGCCGAUAAUGUUGCUGGUGUUGCCGUUUUCCGCUCACCACAAAGUGUCCCCUUUUUUUUUGCGUGUAGUUACGUGGAUUACGUGAAAAGCGUCACAAACAACAAGGCCGCCCCAGACCAGCCACCGAAGCAGCCCCCCGUAGCAGCAGUAACUGACAGAAGGAGCCAACGCCGCGAAGACUCACAGGAAAGCGGCGCGACAGAGCAGAAAGAAUUGCUGGAAUUGGACUUGAAAUCAGAACUCUGGGAUUCGUCUACAGUUGCAGCAGUUGAGAAAAAUGAGAAGCUCGUAGACUGUGAAUCAUUGGAGCCGUUUGUAUCUGCCAUAUAUUUUGGAUUUGGCUCGAGGGAGAACGGCAUCAGAGGUAAAACAACAGAAUCAGCAACUACAACAGCAACAGCAACAAGCUGCAGCAAGCACGACGAUCUCAUUGAUUUUGAGAACGAUUUGGGCGAGGAUUUUGUAGCCAGUCAGCGGCUGAAACGUUUGCAAUACAAUUUUCAGGGACGCGUGAGCAGCAACAGCAACAUUGAUUGUGUAAAGGCAUCCCUGAGGCCCGAACAACAACGACAGCAACAGCAGAAAACAACAGGCAUAACAAAGAAACUACCCUCAGAGAAAGGAGUAGAUCCCAACACCAACCCCAGCCCCAGCCAGAGUCCGACAGCCACAACCUUGAAAGCCACGACACGCCAGUGCCCCCCGAAAUAUCAGCCUGAUGAAGACAAUAAAAUAGUUAAGGAAACUGCCGCCGAUGAAGGUGCAGCCGUGGCAAACUCAAGUGCAAUUCAAUUAAAUCCAAAUUGCAUUCGAGUCGAGCCAUCGUCAAGCCAGAGCGAGAAAACCUCAGUGCUUGGACAAACAGCUGAACGGCAGAAGCAACAUUCGCUGAAUCCGCGUCCCGAGUCGCCACUGCGUCGGCGCGGAGAGAGUCAGAGUGCAGGCCAGUUUGAGGAGCUCACAUUGGCAGCUGCCAGCGACCAAGUGGUGAUUGAAAUCGAAACAGAUACGGACACGGACAGCGACGAUCAGACGGGGACGGACAUAGCCACUAGAAGCGCAUUUGUGCCGACCCAAGCCUGUGACGGCGGCCGCUUUGGUUUUAGCCACGAAAAGUCCGCCACUGGAAUCACCUCUGCCACACCACUCAGCGAGUUCGAUGUGCAGCGGUUCAGCGAGUACCUAACAGCAGCCCGUCAACUGCAGUUGGUCGAUAUUGCCAUUAUACUACAACAGGACGAAAACCAGAUCCAGCGCCUGAAUCAGAAUCAGAAUCAGAUUCCGAGUCUGAAUAACACACGUAUUCAUCAUCGGAGGCAGACUUCACAGGUCCAUAGUCAGGUUAAAAAUAAGGCUGGAAACUUUCAGUGCUACGACGAAUUGCUGGCAGAGUUCGUGAGCGAGCAACAGGAGUACGACAUCGAAAUCGAUAGCGAUAACGAUAGCGAUAGCGAUAACGAAAACGACAAAGACAGCACAUGCCAGUGCCAUGAGUGCCUAGCCAGCUUGGAGGACAGCCAGCAGAACACGGCCAGAGGGAUAUCACAGAGCAAUAGCACCGCUUCCACAAUAACAACCAGGAACUCAUCCAGUCCGCCCGUCUUUGCUACGGAAGCAGCAUCCGAAGACGGCCUGAAUAUGCGCGAGGUCAACGGUCAGCUGCGUGGCCUUCUGAAGAAACCAAAUCGACCACCGCCGGUCCGCAAGAACCGUGUGGUAUUCGAUGAGACGCGCAACGAGUUUUUCGAGGCGGACUACAUUAUUUUGAUCCGUGAAGACUGUGCCUACGAUGAGGAGGACGAGGAGCCCUGCACCUGCGGCGAGCACGAGCUGGUUCGGCUCUGUUGCGAGGAGGGAUGCCAGUGCAACUACGCCGUCAAUGCCGCUGAAGCUGGCGAUGGACGAACUCCACAGAGUCCCAAAUAUCAGCCGCCAAUUGAGUUUGUGGACGACGCUGCGCUGAGCCCGCCCGACGGCUACAAGGACAGCAGUCUGAAGAACACACUCGGCGGCGCGCUGAGUGGCCACAUCUUCGGAGCACAGCAUCUGCAACAGCUGCAAGUGAUCCAGCGCCUGCAGCAGCAGCGCGCAGCUAUGCUGGCCGCCCGUAACAUUACCACUCAGAUACCGCCGCCACCACCGCCCGUGGGCAGUGCCCAGCAGCAACAACAGCAGCCGCAGCAGCCACAGCAACAGAAGCCACAGUCGGAGGAGGACCUGCAGGGCGUCUGCACGGAGUGUGCCGAGUGCGCAGAGUGCGCCGCCAAGCAACUACAGGAAGCAGAAUGCGCCUCCCCGCAGUGCCAAGAGGAGAUGACGCCACUGGGGGUGCCGGCAGUGGCCCUGCUGCCCCUGCACACAAGUUCACCGGAGCGUCGCAUCACCCAGAAGGAGAUCAUUGCCGGCGAGGAGCGGCCCAAGUAUGUGCUGCAGUCCCAGCACAAGGCAUCGCCCACUGCAGUGAAAGCUAGAAAGGAUUCGGGCGUUGGCAAGUCCAGCUCCCCCGCUGGCCAAAGCUAUGGCUCAGCACCACCGGCACCAGUCCCGGGAGUCAGUAGCUUGCCCAAGAUUAAAAGAUUUGUUGUUGAAACUAUUACCACUAUGACCACAGUGACCGAGCGGCGCAUCAUUCGGGAGGCACACGAGGAAGUGGCAAGUGUGGAUCCCUCUGCCAUUCCCGCAGCUGCUGCCCCAAAUGCGGAUUUGCAGCCACCCGCUUUGCCAGCCAAGACGAAUUCCACGAUAGCAGCGGCAGCCGGUGCUGCCGCUGUCACCGCAGCAUCUACCGCACCAGAGCAACAGCCAUUCGAGGAGGAGAUGCCACCGCCCAUUCCGCCUAAGGAGAUGUCGCCCACCCAAAUUAGCGGCAUACUGAAGGGGGGAAAGCUCUGGAAGCAGGAUUCGAUCUCCCAGCAGUCGGAUGACCAGAACAACACUUCGGAGGAGGAGAGCGGCACCAUGAAGCGCUCGGUGCGUUUUGUGACGGAGGACCAGGCGAAUGUCGGUGCCGACAGCGACGCCCAGUCGCUAGCUGAGGACUUUGAUGACAGCGAAAACCAGAUCAACGAGCUAAUCCCAAUUAAGAAGCACUCGACACUUUUCAACAACGCUCUGCGCCCCAACUCGGCGGUGCGACAGCUGUUCCCCAGCGUUUCCGCUCACCAGGCCCCCGUCCUCACUUCGGAGGCCCUGCGAGCCUUCGACGAGUCGAAGCGGGCCGGCUGCCUCGUGACCCACUUGCCCGGCAGCUGCGGUGAUUCAGACACCCUGCGUCGCAGCAUGGAGCGCAACAUCCUUCGCCGCUCGUUGAUCAAAAAAAAGGCAGUCAAGUCGGACAUAUCGCUGGAGGACCGCAUCAAGCAGCUAACCUGCGAUAUCGAUGAGGAUCUGGCCGAAGAGCUAUCCCGGAACGUCGAUGAGGACCCAGACCCCAGCGAGCGCGGCUCCGACGAUCUGGCCCAGCGCGACAGUCCCGCCGGCGCGGAGAAUCCCAACCCGGCGCCCAGCAACACCGCGGGACAGAAGUUCAUGAACGGGGAGAAGAGUUUCUCGCCCAGCAGCUCGGUGUCCAGCUCCUCGAGUGGAUCGUCGGCCUACAAAAAGAUUGCGGACAUAUUUAACCGCGACAAGAAGCAGGAGAAGAUCAUGGAGCUGGAGGAGAACCCUAUUGUCAUCAUACCCCAGGAGUGUCGCUGUCCGGCUGCACCCGACCUGGGCAUGGGCAUCCAGGUGCCCGUUGUCCACACCCAGAUCCACCGCACCCCGCCCCGCCAAACCGAGCCAAAGCGCCAGUUCCUCUCCUCCACCCUGGCUCCGCUUACCGCCUGCGUGGCUGGUAACAAGGACGACCUGUCCUCCUACUACACCCUGGCCGCCGGCGCCCACGCCCACAACCACGGCCAUAGCCACACCCAUGCCGCCACCUACGCAGUCGCCGCCACUGCCGACUUCAACAUGGGCCAGCUCCUGGGCGCGGCCACAGCUGCAGCAGUCACCGGGGACCCGGUGGCGCAGCACGCCGCGGCCAUGGCAGCACAAAACCUGGGCAGCAUGGCUGCCGGACCUAUAUCAGGUGCGGUUGGCCCUGGGACUGGGGCUUGUGCAGGUGCAGGCUCAGGCGAAGCUUCAGAGGAGGUGAGGAAGGUGGUGCCGGAUGUCAUCGCCGGUACACCCGGCCAGGAGGCCGCCAGCAGGCCCGAGCAGGACGAACUUGUCGUCUUCGCCCAAGCGGAGGCCAAGCGCACCGAACAGCUGAAGAAGCGCUACACGCGAGGGGCGGACCAAUCGCAAGACAGCAGCGACGACGACGAGCAGAACGACUACGGCUUCAACAAGCGUCCCUCGGUGCGCGGAAUCAAGCCGAAGUUCAGCUCCACCAACGAGAUCCUCGCCCAGAUGCAGGAGCAGCUGAGCGCCUCCAUCCCCACGGUGGUCAACAGCCAGCCGGUGCCGCAGGCGGUAAAGGGCUACGCUAUGCCCAACGCUGCCAAGCUAAAUCCCUCGUCCCAUCAGCAGCAUCAGCAGCAGCAACAACAACAAAAGCAGCAACAACAGGCCCAACAGCAACAUCAACAUCAGCAGCUGCAACAGCAGAUGGCAGCGGCAAUACAGGCGAACACGAUUGCCCAGCAAAAGACAGAACAGCGCACUUGGAGCUUCUACAGCGAGACCGGGGAGCAGCAGCGCUUUCCCAUCGACGCUUCCGCCGUUCAUCAGACCUAUUACCAGACGCUGCCCGCCGGCGCGAUGUUCCGCCAGACGAUGAUCCAGCAGGAAGCGGCCGGCGAUGAUGCCUCGCUCCUCUUUGCAGCGGCUUCCGCCCAGAACUGUCAGAGCGUCACGGCCACGGCCACUGCCACGGCCAUCGAGCAGAGCAAGCACAGCCGCUACAGUAGCCACUUUGCACGCAGCCCCACCCGGCGGCCGGAGUCACCGCCGCCUCUGAGAAACUACCACCAAACCAUGGUGCUGAUACCGUACAACGCGGAGACAUACUCACAGUUUGCCACCAGCAGUAGCGGGGACCCCAAGCUGGCCCACAUUCAGCACCAGAACAUCCUGGAGUACCAGCAGGUCACUCAGCAAACAAUACGGGUGCCCAUCGGGUAUGCCCUUCCAGGUAUGCAACUGCAUGUGGUUAGUGGUAGCGGCCAUGCCGCACACUACGGCCAUGCCGCACACUACGGCCAGCAGCAGCAUCAGCAGCAGCAUAAGCAGCAGCAGCAUCAGCAGCAGCAGCAGCAGCAUCAGCAGCAGCAGCAGCAACAACAGCAACAGCAGCAGGUUGGAAUCGGAGUAGGGGGUCAGGCCCAGCCACAUGUACAGGGAUCCGUGUACUACGCGAUGAACGUAUGACCCGCGCUCGAAUAGUCGCUGCCAGCGGCGAUCAUCGUCGAGCGCCGCCAAUGUCAACGCGUCGAGUUGUCGGCUACUUCAGUGCACUUGGGUACCGGAGGAAUGGACGGCGGCAGCGUCAGCGGCAGAUGAGCGCCUGCCCGCCACCACCUGGCGAGUCCCAGUUAGUCCCACGCUGAUUUAAGUUGCCCUUGAGUUGAUCCUAGCGAGCGUCAUUAAGUCAUUUAUUCCACUGUUGUGAAACCUGAACAAUGCUCUGUAACCGUAUUCUCUCACCAGUUUCCGCGUGAGUCUUCAUGUCUGAAUGUAUCUACUAUACAAAAAUAUGUAUGUAUAUGUGUGACUGGGUCUGUGUCUGUGUCGAUGGCUGCGUGUGUGUGUACUUGUGCGCUUGUGUACGUCUGUCCCUUAGCAUUUUGUUUGCAAACUAAAAAACUAACCUUUUUAGGAAUAGUCGUAUUAAAAUCAGACAUACAUAUGUAUAUACCUAUGUAUGUAUACAUAAUAAAUAAAUACGCGGGAAAUUAAUCAAGCAAAUAAUAAUAUAUUUGAAAAUAUACACCAAAAAUGAACUUUAAGUUAUUGCUCUAGAGUAUAGAGUCUAGACUCUAGAGUCUAGAGUGACAAAUGGAGUAGGUACUUACAUAUGUAUGUACGUGUAGAACGGAAAAGGCGGGGAAAAUGUAAACCAAAACACAACCAAAUCAUAUGAAUUUAUUUCGAGCAUGUACGUGCUGGGUGCUAGUAAUGCAAAAACAACCACAAGAACAAAAAAAAAAGAACAGUUUUUUAUUAUUAUGAACUAUAAGCUAUUCAAAUUACAUUUAGCAAAGUAAAACGUAAAACGGAUUAACCAAAUAUAUACAUAUACAUUCAUAUACG